AUGAAUCAAUCAAUCAACCAUCUAACCAUCCAACCAACCAACCAAUCAAAAGGCUACGAAGCACAUUGGGAGGUCAUAAGAAGAUUGUUAUUCGUUUACGCCAAGCUAAAUCCGGGCCAGGGAUACGUUCAGGGUAUGAAUGAAAUUAUGGGUCCAAUCUACUAUGUACUAUUCCAUGAUACCGCUAAUCAAGCUCAUUGUGAAGCAGACACAUUCUGGUGUUUCACCAAUCUGAUGAGCGAGAUCAGGGAUAACUUCAUCAAACAUCUCGACGAUUCGGCCUGUGGUAUAAUUUUCAAACUUGAACGAUUCCUGAACACCUUGAAAUCAGUCGACCCGGAGGUCUGGCAGAAGUUGCAUGAGCAAGAAAUUAAACCGCAGUUCUUCGCGUUUAGAUGGUUCACCAUUCUUCUAACUCAGGAAUUCAUUUUGCCAGACACGCUUCGAAUAUGGGAUUCGCUGUUCUCAGACGAGAAGAGAUUCGACUUCCUCACCUUCAUCUGCUGUGCCAUGCUGACGCUGAAGAGGAAGGAAAUUCUGUUGGGUGAUUUCUCCCAAAACGUCAAAUUAGUCCAAAACUAUCCGGGAUCUGAUGUUCAGUUGAUAAUCUCCAAAGCAGUUGAGAUAGCAGGCCUGAGGUGA